ACAACAACAGGCAAUGUGCAAAACAACAAAAAAGUAACAGGUUAGGAUUGGAUAUGGCUUUUGAAGUUGCCUGUCUGAAGAUAAGCAAAGCACAAAGAUAUCACAAGCUCAAGUGAGCUAAUGGACAAACAAAUACAGCACUGAGAUCUGGUUUUCCAUCGUGAAAAGUGAUGGCAUGAUGAACUGGCAGGCUCUGUAAAAGCCCAUUACUGAACGGCUCUGUCGAUACAGUCAGCACAGGGGCACAUUAGAGUCUGAGUGCAUCAAUUAGUCAGCUGCUGCACUGGACAGCAGCGUCCCUGGGGGGCUCGGUGGGGAGGUGGGCAUGCCCUGUCAGCAGUGCUCCACCUGCCACUCUCCCCAGCUCCUGCGCUGUGCCCGGGCCAGUCUCUGUCAGCACAGCGGCGAUGCUCCCUCUCCUGUGCUGCCUGCUCCAGGCUGCCCUGGCUGUCUCCUCGGAACAGCGCCCGCCUGUGCCCUACAGCAACACCAGCGGCCCCCCGCUGACCACCACACACCGGGAGCCCCGGAGGCCGUGGGUCUUCAGCGUGGACUACCAUCAUGUGCAGGCUCCCUUUGAGAUAGGGCUCUGGAUCAUGCUGGCGUCCCUGGCGAAACUCGGGUUCCACUGGUCAGGCCGAGUGCCAGCGGUGGUGCCCGAGAGCUGCCUGCUCAUCAUGGUGGGGCUGCUGGUGGGCGGGGUCAUCUACAGUGUGAGGCACGAGGCCCCGCCCCUCCUGAGCGCGGAAGCCUUCUUCCUGUACCUCCUGCCACCCAUCGUGCUGGACGCCGGCUACUUCCUGCCCAUCCGCCUGUUUUUUGAGAACCUGGGCACCAUCCUGUGGUAUGCAGUGCUGGGCACACUGUGGAACGCGCUGGGAAUCGGGCUGUCUCUGUACGGCGUGUGCCAGGCGGGUCCCUGGGGUCUGGGCGACCUGUCCGUGCUGCAGAGCCUGCUGUUUGGGAGCCUGAUCGCGGCGGUGGACCCUGUGGCGGUGCUGUCCGUCUUCGAGGAGAUCCACGUCAACGAGCAGCUGCACAUCCUGGUGUUCGGGGAGUCGCUGCUUAACGAUGCCGUCACCGUGGUCCUGUACAAGCUGUUCGAGUCGUUCCUGCGGCUGCCGAGCGUGUCGGGGGCGGACGUGGCAGCGGGGGUGUGCCAGCUCCUGCUGGUGGGGCUGGGCGGGCUCUGCGUGGGGCUGGCCUUCGGGCUGAUGGCCGCCCUCACCACGCGCUGCACCGCCCGGGUCCAGGUCAUCGCGCCGCUCUUCGUCUUCCUCUACAGCUACCUGUCCUACCUCACCUCCGAGAUGUUCCGCCUCUCCGGGAUCGUGGCGAUCGUGACCUGUGCUGUGACCAUGAAGCAGUACGUCGAAGCCAAUAUGUCCCAGAAGUCCCACACCACAAUCAAGUACUUCCUGAAGAUGUGGAGCAGCGUGAGCGAGACCCUGAUCUUCAUCUUCCUCGGCGUGUCCACCAUCCAGGACGCACACAUGUGGAGCUGGGCCUUCGUCUCCUUCACUCUCUUCUUCUGCCUCUUCUGGAGGGCUCUGGGGGUGCUCUUUCUGACCGCCUUGGUGAACCGGCUGCGCAGGAACCCUGUCACCUUCAAGGACCAGUUCAUCAUUGCUUACGGCGGCCUGCGGGGGGCGAUCUGUUUCUCCCUGGUCUUCCUGAUCGAUGACUUCCCCAAGAAGAGGCUCUUCAUCACCACCACCAUCGUGGUCAUCCUCUUCACUGUGUUUGUACAGGGCAUGACGAUCAAACCACUGGUGGAGCUGCUGGAGGUGAAGAGAAGGAAGAAGGCGCCCCCUACUGUGAGCGAGGAGAUCCACAUCCGGCUCCUGGACCACCUGCUGGUGGGGAUAGAGGACAUCACUGCCCAGUGGGGACAGAACUACUGGAAGGACAGAUUUGAGCAAUUCAACAAGAAGUACCUGAGGAGGUAUCUGAUCCGGGCGGACAAGCAGGCCCAGUCCAGCAUCGUGCAGGUGUACCAGAGGCUGGAGAAGAGAGACAUCCUGGGCCCAGACGCCGAGGGGCUCGGGGAGAGCACAGUGCCCCCAAAAGAAGCCGCGCCCCCCAGCCAGCCCCUGCGGCCGGAGGAGGUGGAGAGCUUCCGGAAGCUCCUGUCCCGGAACCUGCACAGCAUCAGCAGAAAGCAGACGCAGACCUACAGCCGGCACACCCUUCACCCCGACGUCACCACGGACCGGGACCUGCCUGGCCGGCCCGCCCUGAGGAGGCACUGCAGCCUGGGGACGGACAGGCAGGGGGGCAGUGAAGGCCACGCUGGCAGACAGCCGCAGACAGCCAGAGGUCUGACCCGGUCUCUGACAGAGGGCUCCAGCGAAGGGCCUGCUGUGCGACCCAGGUCCCUCCUUAACCCCUCAGAGUGGGGCGCAAGUGGGCCCCAGGGGCACUGCGGGGACACAUCUGAGGGGAAGGCUAGGGGGACCCCAAACCUGCCAGGAACCGGCACUCAGGUCCGCCCCCCUCCAAAAAUUCUCAGCUUCUGUCUGGAAAACGAGCAGAGGGGUGGUAGCUGCUGAUCGCUUCUCGCGAAGAGCCGGAGAGGGAAACGAGUUCCUGCAAGGAGACCCCCAGAAGAUUUAAAAAGCACCCGAAGAGACCACCAUGUCACUGGGGCACAAAGCCAGAAGCUACGGGACAGGAGGGCCAUGUGACUGGUGAGCCCCCUGGUGCAGAUCUUACUCGGGACCCAGGCAGUGAGUCACCUCUUACUGUAGAGAACUCCUUUCAGCAGGACCAGCUCCCAGGCACGGCACAAUACCCAGCGCUCCCAGUUCCAGUGCAAAAGUACACGGAGCCAGCAAACCACCCCUGGUCUCUAGUGCUGAUGGCUCCUAUGUGCUUUGCAGAGGCACACUGAAUUGCAAUUUGGAACCUGAAGGAAAAAUGAGAGAUAAUCUACAGAUCUACCUAUUAUUUUGAUGUGUUUAAAUUGUACUGUAAAUGUAAUGCCAAUAUUCAAAGUGAAGUGAAGUUCUGAGGGGAGUCACCAACGUCCUCAGUAGCAAUUGCAAUUUAAGGAUUUGCAAAUGCUAAGGCAACACUUCCCUCUUGUGUUCAUUUGUUGUCAUAGCAAGUACAAUAUAUUGUAUCCACGGAAUGUUAUUGACAGACCCUCAUGAGAAUAUAAAGAAUGGUUAAAAAUGA